AUGCACAACGACGUGAGAAUGAGAGAAAUCUCUCACCAUCUCCAGCCGUCGGACGAAUGGAAGGUUGAACAAGGCUUCGCUGGUGCAGAGCUGCCUCUUCUCGACGUAACUGUGCCGCCAGAGCAGCGCUUCAAACAGCUUCAUGCUAUGUCCAAGGGCCAGACGGUCGUCCCGGUCCAAGACAGCGAGGAUGAAGAAGACGCCGCCAAGGCCGACGACAUUGCAGCAGAGGACUUCGACCCGAAUGUGAUAUUCGCCGAGGAACGUCCAGGUUGGCGUGGUUAUGUUGAAUGGGAAGAGUAUCCGGAGAAGAAAGCCAAAGCCCACAAGAUUCUGAUCAACAAUAACUUUCCUCCGCCGCCGGAAUUCCAACUGGGACCCAUUCCCGACACCAAUCCCGUCCUUGAAGGUGUGCGGUGGAAGAUGUGGCACAAGGCGAUCGGCGGCCCGUUGACCUCGGUUCCCGAAGAGUCGUGGCUCCGCGUGAUCCAGGAGAAGCACCCUGACAUGCUCCACCUGCUCCAGUUCCCGUACAACGGCGAGCCGCCCAAGCGUCUCGUCACGGCAAAGCCUGUCACCCCGACGCCGCUGCAUUUCAUCCGGAACCACGGUGGCAUCCCCGACAUCGACGCGGACAAGUGGGAGCUCAAGCUGGACGGACUGGUCAAGCACCCGCGGACCUUCACCCUGGCGGACCUGCAGAACGAGGAAGUGUUCCCGCGCAUGGAGAAGCUCGUGACGAUCCAGUGCAGCGGCACGCGGCGCAUCGAGCAGAUCCAGGAGUACGCGGGCGAGGGCGACGAGAUGAUCAACGCGCCGUGGGCCGAGGGGGCGAUCGGCACGGCGCGGUACGUGGGCGUCAGUCUGAAAAAGCUCAUCAAGCAGUGCGGCGGCAUGGCCGAGGGCGGCAAGCACCUCGAGUUCUACGGGGCGGACACGUACUUCAAGCAGAACGAGGUCAUGAACUACCUCGUCAGCGUGCCGUGGAGCAAGGUCAAGGCCAACGAGGUCAUGGUGGUGUGGGAGAUGAACGGCGAGCCGCUUCCCAGGAUCCACGGGUACCCGGUCCGGCUCGUGGUCAUGGGCUACAUCGGCGCGCGCAGCGUCAAGUGGGUGUACCGCGUCAAGGCGCUGGCGCAGCCGACGCGGGCGCCGGUCCAGAGCAAGGAGUACCUGUACUUCAACCAGCAGGUCGGCAAGCACAACCAGCUGCCGACCAUGGGCAUCCAGAUCCAGGAGAUGCCCGUGAGCUCGGCCAUCAUGUCGCCGUGGACCAAGCAGGUCGUGGUGCACGAGGGCCGCAUCGAGGUCAAGGGCUGGGCCUACAGCGGCGGCGGCCGCUGGCCCGAGCGCGUCGAGGUCUCGGCCGACGGCGGCUUCAGCUGGUACGCCGUGCCCAACGACCGCCUGAGCCCCAAGCACAAGUUCGCCUGGCGCACCUGGGAGAUCGACCUGCCCUGCGACGUCGAGGGCUGGAUCGAGAUCGUCGUGCGCUGCUGGGACAACAGCAUCAACACCCAGCCGCUCUACGUGCGCAACGCCUGGAACUGGGGCCUGCACGUCACGAGCAGCUGCCACCGCGUCAAGGUCUACAGCGUCAACAAGUCGAAGGAGCAGACCAGACGGCGGCUCGAAGAGUUUGCCCAGCACGGAGAGUCGUUUGUGCCCCUGACCCGUCCCACCGAUUUCCCCACCAUCACCUCGGAAGAGUACGAAGAGUUUUGGGCAAAGAAUGAGCCUAGGGAUGUGGAUGAGUAG